UGAGAAAGUUGGGACCCGCAAACAUGCACGUGCGUCCUCGAUCACUCCCAGAACUCAACCCUGAUAAAUCAACCCAACCUCAACAGAACUCAACACUGCCAGAAUAAAACUGCCAAAUGCCUGAUAAAUUUAGAAGCAAAGGCCUACUUUGAAUGUCUGACUUGAUUUCUCACUCCAAAAUUUAUACCACAGCUAAUAAUCAAAUGCUUGAUUUUGGGUGAUGGCAAAAAUAAAAACCAUUAAAUUCUUGUCAGUGGUCAUUUCUGAAAUACCAGGCAAAUGUUUCCUAAAACAUAGUUUUUAGGUAUAGCAUUUUUAGAACAUUUUUGGGAAAAAUGGGUGGCUUAUUAUGGGCCAUGUUUAUCAGGUAGGCCUAGACUCUUAGUAUCAGUAUUCUACUCCUGCCAUGGUCAAGGAAGCCCUAGGAUUAGGAAGUAGGUAGUAGGGAGGAAUUUGGCUUGUGAUGGAGCAAAAGUUCAUCAGGGCAGGCUGUAUUGUGCCAGAGGAGAUGUGCAUACUUGAAUGAUGAUACGUUGGAAUAAAAAGCUCAAGGGGCUUCGCUGCUACAUAUAUUUGCUGGGAUGGCUUGGCCUGCUGCUAGUUGCAUUGUCAUAUUGGCGGGCGGAACACACGUCCCUUCGAGCGUCUCAUGCUCCUUCACGUCGCGGGGACGACGAGAGCAGAGGCAAGUGGACGAGCGACGACAACGCUUAUGGUCCUGACAAGCCCAGGCUCAAGAAGCUGCGCCAGCUGUGCAACCCUGCUGAGCGCAUCCACGCCGCCAGCGAGGGACGCCUCGCCAACACCGCCUAUGAUCUCAUGGGCAUGAUCGUGGCCAUACGACAUGGCGACCGCGGGCCUCUCAUGUCUGUCAGGAACCUCUCCCAUAUAAACUGCAGCCAUCGUUCCUAUAUGAGUGGUGCUUAUAAGAACUUUGUGUCUGCUGUCAUGAAUGCCUCGAGAAGCUCAGACUUUGCCUCGUUUGCUGGGAGUUUCAGCAAGUAUCCUGUGUUACCGUCACUCUAUCAUUGUAGUGCGGCCCAUCUAACCCCAGUUGGAGUUGUGCAACAUCUCAAGUUAGGUAAAGUCCUCAAGGAAAUUUACAUAAAUAAUUUAAAUUUAUUCUCUCACCCUUGGGAAAUUGAUGACGUAGUCAUUCACUCCACAAAAUUUCGACGCACAUACCAGAGUGCGUUAGCUUUCCUUCAUGGGUUCUUGCCUAAAUUCGACGUGUCCCAGCUCCGCGUUGUCGAAGGGCGCUCUGUGAGCUUCUGCAACAACAACUGUCGCUGCGAUCGUCUUGCCUUGCUUGAUGAAAAGUACGACCAGGAAAGAAAAAUGUUCAGAAAUUCUCACCCUGGCGUGAUGGAUCUCCUUGAAAGACUCAGUGCUAUAGUUAAAGAAGGCCCAGGAGCCCCUGACAUCACGCACCCUGGGGCCAUGCGUGACGCCCUGCUGGUGUACGCAUGCCAUGGUCACGCGCUGCCGUGCGUUGGUGGCGUGUGCGUGCAGGCAGAGGACGUGUCUUCCAUCAUCUCGUACGAGGAGUGGGAGAGGCGGCAGAAGAAGAGCAAAGCUAAGCACAAAGCAAGCAAACUCCGAGCGUAUGGUUUGCUUAAAGAUAUCGCCCAGACCAUGGAUACAAUGAUGCGAGAUGGCAAGCCUAAGUUUGUCCUCUAUUCUGGUCAUGAUAAAACCCUCAAUUAUUUGCUCGACAGUUUGAGUCUUCCCGCUUAUCAGCUUCCAAAUUACGCCUCACGUAUUAUUUUCGAAGUAUACAAGAACAGUUCAUUCAAGUCAACAAGUGAAAUGUAUCGUAACAGUUUUUACUUUCGUAUUAUUUAUAAUGGCAAAGACAUAACAAAAUUCUUGCCUUUUUGCUCUGUCAAAAUAAUUUCCCAUUACACUAGUGCAAACAACGUACUGAAUGCCGUCAACCUUUGUCCUAUCACAAGUUUCGACAACUUCCUGAGAGCUUCCAAUUAUUUUGCAGUGUUUAAUGCUACGAACUUCAAGAGCGCCUGUACUCUCGAGAAAACUAGCGGUGCUCUAAGACAAAUUGCUAAUACAGGACAAUAGGGAACUCUGAUGUUCAUAUUUUAUUACUAGUUAUCAUUACUUCUCUGCAUCGUAGUUAUAAUUUUAUUGUAAUCUUCUCUUUGGACCAAGUUCGCCUUUUCAUGUCCACUCACCAUCCCCGGCCUCAAGUUAAAAUGCACGUCGUUCACAGCGUUAUCAAAGUUUAUCUUCUUAAGGAUUUUUUGGCUGAUAAUAAUCAAUUUCAAUCCCAUAGGCAAUAAUUUAUAAUCAAAUUUUAUGCGAUUUCUAUGAUUUUUCCACUAUUAAUCGUGGAGAAGCUUCGUAGCUCCCUUAAAAGCCACAUUAAGGCUUGUUAGCAUCAGCAAGAACUUCUCUUCUAGUCGUUUGAUGAAAUAAGUCAGCUAGAUAUAUAAAAGCAGUCCUGGCUAGAGCCAUAGAUGCGAUGGUAAAGCUUUAUUCCAUGUAGCAGACGUCGAGUGAUCGAAUGAUACCGUCUUUAAGCUUUCCCAUCGCUAUUAAGUAUUAAAGCCUAAGUUAUCAUAUGAGCGAAGUUACAUUCACAUAGAACUUUCCAAAUGUUUCUGAGACUUUUCAUUAAAAUCAGUAUAGCUUAAUGUAUAAAGUUUUGUGCUGUAGGUUAAUCACUGCACUCUUAUUUCUUGGUGCAGUGUCUCAUGUGUAGACUUGUAUUGCUUAGUACUCGAUCUCCUCGCACGACUGUAAAAUUGUUUUGUAAAAUUGUUUUUGGUUGUGCACAAUUGCUUACAGUUAUCGUUGCCGACCAGCAACGAUGACUGUAAGCAGCAACGUUCGUCUCAUCUGUGAUUGUAUUGCUAAGUCUGAACUUUUUGGACUUUUCUUAGGCAUUACUGUUUAAAAUUGAUGUCUCAUCACGGGGCUGUGAGCCCCACUGCUGCCAACACAACUUAUAUUGUUUCUCGUGAUUGGGGAUGCUUUUUGCGCUAGCAGCACUACUGGUGGUGCUACUCGCAAUAGAGACAUGAAAUUAGUUUAUGAUUAAUAGCUCAACCUGUUAAAAGUUUUUUUUAAUGAAUUCUUGUGUUUUUGCUUCAGCGCUGUGAGACCAGCAUAUUCUAUUUAAAUUAAUUACUUGCGUCAUGCGCGCUUUUAGUACAAGUUAUAGCACAAUGUGCCGGUUAUUUGUUAAUUUGUUUACAAUUUAUUUGUUGUUGAUGCUGCUUUAUUUCUUGUAGCGCGGUCACAUUUCCUCUGAAGAUGCGCUGGGCCAAUAUUUGAAACAGUAAUUACUCUUUGAUGAACUCGAGUGUUUUUGUGGCAUACGCACAUGUUCAAACACGGUUCUAUAUCUUAGGAUUUCGGCUGCAGCAAUGCAUUAUUUUUUCAUAUGUAUUUACAUACAUUCCAUGUUUAUUGUUAUUAUCCGACUGCUUAUAACGGCUGAGUUGAUCUCACCUCAAAGUGAAGGCAUUAGUUGUCUCAUGAAUAGUGGAUGAUGAUCUCAUGUUCAACUCACUCUUGUGGCUCCAGAUUCCAUGUCUAACCCUCUUCCUUAUAUUAUGAAUUGAGUAUUUCUUAUUAUUUAAUGGAGGAAUUCUUUCCGUGUUGCAUUUUUAGAUCAACUAUCCUUUCAGGGCCCAAUGUGCGUAGUAUCCUCUCACGUGCACUUAACCGCUAGGUUAAGAAAUUUUACUCCGUGUGUCUUCUAAGCCAUCAGCUGUCUGUCUUUAACCGCGUUACUACGCCCGCCCAAAAUAGCGAGCGUCUCUUCAAUCAUGUGCCAAAUUUGCCAGGCACCUUCACUCACGGGUGUCAUCACAGCAGCUUCUGAUUAGGACUAAUGAAUUCUUCUUGGAGUCUUCCCUUGGGUGUGUGAGUUCUUCUAUUCCAAACUCCUCGUCUCUAUCUUAAAGAAACUUAACUCCGACGAAAUGUCCAAAUGAAAUUCAAUGUCCUGAUUUGGGGCUUAAAUCUCCAGUGAAUUGUCAUGUCAUAUUAUUCUUUGAUUUUGAUCAAAGCUCUUAGGCAAUUAUGUUUAAAUUUGAGUUUUCUAGGAAGGCUCGCAAUGUCUGCGUCAGAUUUUCGUCUUCACCAUGCAGUUAUCACAACAAAUUUCUGACAUUUUACCUUGUCACUAAAAAGCUUCGCUUUAUGCGAGUCAUAGAUUAUUGUUCAAUAACUCUUGUAAGCAUGCAUGUCACAUCUCGCGAGUUGCAUUGUUUUGCUUAAAAUAAUAAUUGAAUUGUUCUAAUGCGCUAUUUUGAGCUUGGGAUUUUCCAACAAUUGUGGCUAAUUUUAUCUAAUUAAUGACAUAAAUGAAACCACGGGUAGGAAGUUGUUUUUAUUUCUUGUUCUUUCUGUUACUAAUAGAUUACUAAAAGGUAGCUCCACAUUUUCAUUCUUUGCAGCUCCGGGAACUAGUCAAUGCUGAUCUACGAGAUCACGAUUUACACGCAGCUCCUUUAAUAUUUCCUUGCAAAACUUCCCUAAUAUUAGGUAGGUAUAUUAUACUAUCCUCCAAUGUUGUUUUUCAAAUGUCGUCUAUCACUUCAUCCUUGUCUUUAAGUCCAAGGGGAUGGCUGAACUAUAAUUUUAAUUCCCUCAAUUAACAAACUCUGAAACAUACAUACAAUGUAAACUCAUUUAUUCAUUAUAAUUAAUGUCUGCGGACAUGGUUGAAAGAGACGAAGAAAUCUCGUUCAUUCUGUUUUUUUCUUCUGCAGUAUGUUGAUGCUGGAACAUGAUGAAUUUUCUGGGCGAAUGUUACAAUCACUCACUAAUGUUUUUGUCGAUAUUUUGCUCCCUGAAAGACGAUCAAAUAACGUGUACCGUUUACGAUCGUUUUUAAAAAAAUUGUGUGGCUGUAGCCCUGAGGACUCGGGGGGUUUGUGCGCGUGUUACCAUCUGUGUUCGGUGUGGAUGAUACGGUGGACAUUGCGUCAGCUGGCGUGAUCUUUCAUGCGAAUGGGACAAAUUAUUAAUCAAUUUAAGUUACGUUUGGCAGCCAUCUUUUAGUGUUACGUCGAAAGCUACGUCAACGCCCUUUAAAUAUUAUUGUGAUGAUUUUGUUGGGAAAAUCAAUUUUUGUGAACUAUUUGGGGUAUAUAACGGAAAAAAUUGUUGUAAUUAAACAUAUUGGGAAAUCAACGCUCAGAACAAAUUGAAAACUAAAAGUCCUCAUCAACAUCACUUGCAGGCCAUUCGUUCCAGUGUACAGUCGAUAGGCGUCUUGCUGUGCUCUUCGUUUCUAGAGAACUUCAUCUUGUAUUGUUUCAUAAUAUUCAAUUUUAGACUUCAGUUGUCCUUGAUUUAUGUAACUGUGUUCUAUUUUAGAAUGAAUAUUCCGGCAUUGACUUGCAUUGCUAUUCCGAUCUCUUGUGUGCCAAUACAGCAGCAGAUAGGGUUCGUGCUUUGGUUGACUGACGCAUUUUAACCUAUCAAGUAAAUACUAUCAAUAAAAAUAAUUUAUUUGA